AUGAAACUUAUUUACUUCGAUGUCUACGGAAGAGCCGAGGCAAUGAGAAUGCUUCUCACUCAUGCUAAAGUUGAGUUUGAAGACUUCAGAUUGAGCUACGCUGAUUGGCCUGCCUACAAAAAGAGUGAUGACUCACCAUUAGAAUUCGAUCAAGUCCCAGUUUUGAUUCUUGAUAGUGGCAAAGUUCUCUCUUAAUCUAGAGCAAUUUUAAGAUACUUAGGUAUGGAAUAUGGAUACAUGCCAAAAGAUGCCCACGAAGCAUAUCUAGUUGACUCAAUCCUUGAUGCUUUUGGUGAUAUGACACAAGGUUUAAUCGCUUCCAAAUGGGAGACUAACCCAGAGAGGAAGAAGCAGAUCAUAUCUGAUUGGUUAAUCAAUGUUUACCCAAGAUUCCUAGCUGCAUUUGAGAAGAGGCUAGAAUCUCAAGGUGAUUCUAAGUUUCUAGUAGGCAACUCUUUAACUAUAGCAGAUUUUGCAUUUACUAGUAUGAUUUACAGCAUGAUGUGCAAUGAGCUCAGUGAAGCUUAUGGAUUCUUGAAUGGACCUUUUAUUGCUCAUCCUAAGCUCAAUGCUUAUGCUGCAAAUAUGAAAGAGCUAUUCAAUGAUUACCUUGAAUCUAGACCAAAGAGACCUAUGUGA